CAGAGAAGAAAUAGACUAGAAAUUGUAACAUUUCCUUUUUGUGGCAAGAAUAUGUGGAGAUGCCCUGCAGCUUCUUCCUGUUAGUCAUCAUGUCAAACCUCAGCAGAGCCAAUCAGAUCUCCUCUCCAUUCAUCCUGAUUGGGAUCCCAGGGAUGGAAGAGAUGCAUGUUUGGAUCUCAAUACCACUGUGUUGCAUGUAUAUAGUAACCAUUUCAGCCAACAUUACUGUUCUUCUUAUCAUAAAAGCUGAGAGGAGGCUUCACCAGCCAAUGUACCUGCUCCUUUCCAUGUUAUUAGUCACUGACCUUGUCCAGUCAAAUGCCGCCAUUCCUAAGAUGCUGCUGCUCUUCUGGUUCAAGCUAAGAGAGAUCACUUUUGAGGAAUGUCUAGUGCAGAUGUUUCUGAUCCAUUCCACAUCCUUAAUGUCGACUUCUGUCCUUUUAACUAUGGCCUUUGAUCGUUAUGUGGCCAUUUGCCACCCACUGAGAUACUCCUCUAUCCUGACCAAUUCCAUGAUUGCAAAAAUGGGACUGUUUGUGACAAUGAGAGGGACUUUGUUAAUAUUUCCUGUCCCAUUCCUUGUCAGAAGGCUCCCAUUUUGUGGGAAUCAUAUUAUUCCGCAAACUUACUGUGAGCACAUGGCGGUGGCAAAGCUCUCCUGUGGUGAUAUCAAAAUCAACUUUAUUUAUGGGUUAUUGGUUCCUUUGCUAGUGGUAGGAUUAGAUACAACAUGUCUUAUUCUGUCCUACACCAUGAUUAUAAUGGCUGUGCUGAGACUUCCUAACAGAGAAGCCAGAUAUAAAGUUGGUAACACAUGUGCUGCCCAUGUUGGUGUUAUCUUAGUGUUUUAUAUCCCAGCCCUCUUCUCCUACAUGUCUCAAAGAUUUGGGGCUUCUUCUGCCCCAUCUGUGCAAAUCCUUAUUUCCAACCUCUACCUGAUCAUUCCUCCUAUGUUGAAUCCAAUCAUAUACGGCAUAAAUAUCAAAGAGAUUCGGAAGAAGGUGUCAAAAUGUUUUUCACUCACUGGGAACAGUCUGUGAAUUGUCCCUCACAGGCAACACUAUGAUAGUAGCUGUGUUCCACAUCCAGAUGUCAUAUAACCAAUAAACAAAGAAUAUGUUUACUUUCCUUAUUUUCCCCCAAACUAAUGAUACAUACACAUGGCUAUUCACUAUUUCACUGAAGAUAUGGGAGUGAAGCUACAAUGAUCAAGCUACAGACAAUCACCUGUUCUUCUGCACAAAAUCUCAAUCAAUUUAUGGACCAAAGCCAACAUUUGAUGGAAACUGAAUGCCUUAAAAUAUUUAUCUAAAUAAUUUCUAGACAGAAAAGUAUAUUUAUGUAUAUUCAAAAUUUCAUUUGAUCAUGGGUCACCAAUAUUUCUCAGCCAAUGGUGAGCCUUUGUUUAGGCACCAGAUAGGAAG